AAUUUGACAGUAUAAGGAUAGAGUGCACUAUGAGAAGAUAGCUAUAACUGUUUAUAUUAGAAGAUACAAUUAUUAUGCAUAUUUUCGUAAUUUAUUUACAUAAAUGAUACCGCUAUUUAUUUGCAAAAGCAGUUGAAUUAACAAUAUGCUUUUAAUAAAUUACCGAUUGCAAAAAGAAAAUAACAUCUCUAAUGAUACUUGUGAAGUAUGACUCAUUCUACUAUGUCAGUUUUUUACGGUUCUAUAACUAUGUUUUUAUAAAUACUUCCGUAUUUGUAUAAAUUGAAAAUCUCAUUAAUCAUGAACGUGCAGGAAUUGCGUGAUGGGUCUCCUUUGCUACAAGCCAUAUUUUUUGGAGAUGUAGAUGAAGUUCGAGCAUUAUUAGCAAGAAAAGAAGAUCCAAACUGGCAAGAUAGAGAGCAACGAUCUUUAUUACAUGCAGCUGCAUAUAGGGGAGAUCCAGCAAUUGUAGAAGCACUCUUAUUAAAUGGAGCUGCAGUAAAUGCUAAAGAUAAAAAAUGGUUAACUCCUUUAUAUAGAGCCUGUUGCUCAGGGAAUCAUAAUGUAGUAGAAGUUUUGUUACGUCAUAAAGCAGAUGUCAAUAUCAGGGAUCGUAGUUGGCAAACUCCUUUACAUGUGGCAGCAGCAAAUAAUGCUGUCCAAUGUGUAGAAUUGAUAGUUCCACAUUUAAUGAACAUUAAUGUAGCAGAUAGAGGUGGUAGAACAAGUUUGCAUCAUGCAGCUUACAAUGGACAUUUGGAAAUGACAGAAUAUUUGGCUCAAAUUGGUUGUGUAAUAAAUGCUUCUGAUAGACAAGAUCGAAGGGCUUUACAUUUUGCAGCAUAUAUGGGUCAUGAUGGAAUUGUGAGAGCACUUAUAGCAAAAGGAGCAGAUGUAGAUGUUAAAGAUCGGGAUUUAUAUACUCCAUUGCAUGCAGCUGCAGCAUCUGGUAAUGUAGAAUGCAUGCAUACAUUAAUCAAAUCUGGAGCGGAUAUUGAAGCAAAAAAUGUAUAUGGAAAUACUCCUCUGCAUAUUGCAUGUUUAAAUGGUCAUGCUGAUGCAGUUACAGAAUUAAUUGCUAAUGCUGCAAACGUUGAGGCUGUAAAUUAUCGGGGACAAACGCCAUUACAUGUUGCUGCUGCUAGUACACAUGGUGUUCAUUGCUUAGAAGUUCUUUUAGAAGCUGGUUUGAGAAUAAAUGUUCAAUCAGAAGAUGGGCGUACACCUUUACAUAUGACUGCAAUUCAUGGAAGAUUUACACGAUCAAAAAGUUUGCUAGAUGCAGGAGCAUCACCAGAUACUAAAGAUAAAAAUGGAAAUACCGCUUUACACGUUGCUGCUUGGUUUGGUCAUGAAUGUUUAACAACAACUUUAUUAGAAUGUGGUGCAUCUCCAGCAGCGCGAAAUACUGAACAGCGUACUGCAUUGCAUCUUAGUUGCUUGGCAGGCCAUAUUGAGGUCUGUAGAAAAUUAUUACAAGUUGAUAGUCGACGUAUAGAUUCAAGAGAUAUUGGUGGUAGAACACCAUUACAUUUAGCAGCAUUCAAAGGAUCUGUUGAUUGUUUAGAUUUAUUAUUAUCCAGUGGAGCUAAUUUCCGAUUAACUGACAAUGAUAGCAGGUUAGCACUUCAUCAUGCUGCUAGUCAAGGUCAUUAUCUUUGCGUUUUUACUUUAGUUGGAUUUGGAAGUGAUUCCAAUGCACAAGAUGUAGAUGGUGCAACUCCUUUGCAUCUAGCUGCAGCAUCAAAUCCUACAGAUUCUGGUGCUGAAUGCGUACAAUAUUUAUUAAAACAUAGAGCAGAUCCGCGUUUACGCGAUAAACGAGGUUUUACUGCUAUUCAUUAUGCUGUAGCUGGAGGAAAUCAACCAGCUUUAGAAGCUUUAUUAGAAGCUUGUCCACCAGGAAAUUUAACAAUAUCAUCUAAUUCUACAGGAAAAUCGGAACCUCCACCUGCAUUAACAUCUUUACAUCUUGCUGCAUAUCAUGGACACAGUGAAAUAUUAAGUUUAUUAUUACCAUUAUUUUCCAAUACUAAUAUUAAAGAAGAUACUGGUAAAACACCUUUGGAUCUAGCUUCUUAUAAAGGUCAUGAACAAUGCGUUCAACUUUUAUUAAGAUAUGGAGCUUGUGUGUCGGUUCAAGAUUCCAUUACAAGGCGUACUCCAGUACAUUGUGCAGCGGCGGCAGGUCAUUUUAAUUGUUUAGAACUUUUAUUAGAAAAUACAGAAGAUUCAAAUGUCGUCAAUUGUUACGAUACAAAACAACGAACACCAUUAACAUUAGCAGUGGCAAAUAGCAAUCCAGAAUGUGCUCUAUUACUUUUAAAAUAUAAAGCAGAUUGUAAUUUACCGGAUGUGAAUAAGCAUACGCCAUUAUUUCGAGCAGUGGUUAAAGAGCGUGAUCAUCAAUUAGUGGAAUUAUUAUUAUCACAUGGUGCCCAAGUGAUGAUACAAGAUGCAAAUGGUAAAACACCGUUACAUUUAGCCGCCGCAUGUGGAAGAGUAAAAGCAUUGGCUUCUCUUGUCAAAGUUAAUUCAACUGCUGCCACUUUAAAAGACGAUCAAGGAUGUACGGUUCUUCAUUGGGCGUGCUAUAAUGGAAAUUCGAAUUGUGUUGAAUAUCUAUUGGAACAAAAUGUAAUUGAUUCCUUAGAGGGUAAUCCAUUCUCAGCUGUUCACUGUGCAGUAUAUCAAGGAUCAGCUCACUGCUUAGAAUUAUUAAUAAAUAAAUUUGGAGGGAAAACUGUUGCUGCUCCGAGAGAUGUUCCAGGUGGUCGAUUGCCUUUACACGUUGCAGCUAGUUCAGGGUCUGUAGAAUGUGCAAAACUGAUUUUAAGCUCUGUUGGACCUGAAUUAGCUGGUCUUGAAACUCCAGAUUAUUCAGGUCGUACACCUCUUCUUUGCGCUGCUAUUACGGGUCAAUGUAGUGCUAUUGAGUUAUUGCUUGAAUGGAAAGCUGAUGUGCGUGCUGUUGAUUGUAAUAAAAAUACAGCUCUUCAUUUAGCUUGCCAAAGACGACAUUCUGCUGCUGCUUCAUUAUUAUUAAAUUGGAUUAAUUCGCUUAAUACUAAUGGUGAAAAUACAUCACAACAACAGCAAAGUAUGACAGUUAUUAAUAUGACCAAUAAACAACAAAGAACUCCAUUGCAUUUAGCAGCAAGAAAUGGCCUUGUAACGGUAACACGACGUUUAUUGCAAUUGGGUGCAAGUGUUGUCGCUGUUGACGCAGAAGGACUUACACCUGCAUUAGCUUGUGCUCCAAAUCCAGCUGUAGCACGAUGUUUAGCUACUAUCCUUGCUGCACAUGGUCAAAAUUGGGAAAUUGCACAACAUUCACCGUCAAUUCAACAAACAUCAGAAGUGUAUUUAAACGGUAGAAGCGGCGAUUCACAACAUAGUUCAGAUUCGGAAUAUUACUGACAACAGGUGUCACGCUUAGAUCAUCAAGCGUUUCAGAAUUUAAAUGUCGAUUCGAUGCAUGGAAAUAUUGAUGCUGCAAGAUUAAUUUGGACGAGUUGUUGGUUAUUUUCAAUUUUGACAUAAUACUUCUAUAUAUGAAAUAACAAAAUCAUUGAAUAUGGGAAAUCAAUUCUUAACAAUUAUGUCAGUCUCUUAUGCAAUUGUCAGUCUCUUAUAAGUAAUAAUGACAAUACCUUCAUUUUUACUAUUAACAUUUCGAUAAAAUUGCGAACUGCCAAAAGAGAUAUGAUAAUAUGUGUUUAAGCAUUGGCUAAGAGAGCAAUAAUAUUAGAUUUAAAGAAAGUUUAUAUUAUUCAAUAAGCACAACUUUAAUUAGAUAUCUUAUAUGAAAAAAUAUACUAUUGUUUUUUGCUUUAAUGUCACAAUUGCAUGCACAUAAUGCUCCUGACAUUGGAGUCAACAUGUAAAUGUGUCUGGUACAAAACAAGAUUUAUAGAUGAAAACAUAGACAUUCGAAGUUCAUAGUAAAUUGCUAAUAUAAUUGAUACCUCAUUAAAAAAAGACACGAUAAUGUGAUAAGAAAAUCGACUCACGUUAUUUUACAUUAUCGCUUUUAUUAUAACAUAAGGAUAUACUCAUAGACUCGUAAAUUUAAUUCCUAACAUAAAUUCCUAAGAUUUACUAGCUUGCGCUAUUAAUUGCAUAUUUUUAAUAAUCAAGCAAUAUUUAUAUCUUCGAAUAAUAAAGCUUUCUAUAUUUUGCAAUGUAAUCAAUCUUUCAUCAAUUAGAAAAAGUACAAAUUGUAUGAAUAAAAAGAAUAUCGUAAUUUUCUAUAUGGUCAUGGUCAAAUAUAUAGUAUAUAUUUGAAAUUUAUUCAAUAUAGACUAACAAAGAAAAGAAAAGUUAAAUGUCUUUAUUUACUUUUUAUUGAAUCAUAAAAUGUAAUGAUACGAUUAGAAUUUUGUCCAUUGCUAUUAUAAUCACUAUUUUAAUAGAAAACAUGACAAGAGAAUUUUAUUAUUUGAACUCUUAAAAACGAGUCAUGAGUGGACCAUAAAGGACACUAACCAAUGAACAUAUAGUCGAAUAAAUAACUAUAUGAACAUUUAUAGUAUACAUUUAUAAUUUUACUGUCUAUAUAGAAUUAGACAGAUUACUAGCAAAAUGCUCUCUCUAUAUUAUGGAGAAUAAUAUUAGAAUACUGACAUAUGAUUAAUAUUGCACAGAAUCUUUGCAUUUAUUAUUUUUAAUAAGUUUAAUAAGGUCUUCCAUUUAUAGUAUUUUUAUUUAAAGUAUCAAGACAUGUUGGAUUAAAUUUCGUUUUUACUUAUAUUUUUAAUACAUCUUCAACAGAUGUAUUAAACAAGCGUUUGAUAUUUUUUGUAAAGAUUUUUUUAUUAAAAAAAAUCAAUAACAUUUUAUCGUACAAAACCGUAAGCAUUUUUAAUUAGCAAGAAUUAAAAAAAUAAUGAACAAUAUCAUAUUAUAAAUGACACGUUGUAAAUACAAAAGCGGAUUUACAUUGCCUGACAAAAUUUUUAAUAGUACAGAAUAGAAAAAGAAAAGAGAAGUUUAGCCCUAUUUUCUUAGAUAUUUGUAGGAAAAGCCUAAACUGCCUAAAUAUUGACUUACGGAAAUAUGAAAGUAGAGCUUGUAAAUGACGUAAGUAAUUAUGGCGAUUGUAUUAUUAAUAAUCCAAUUAAGUUGAUCAAGUCAUGAUUGAAUUCUAAUGAAAGUCGUUUUGUUUUAAAUGUAUUCAUCGAUGAAUGUUUUCACAUUCAUUAAUACGCCUUUCAUUUUGUACUUAAGAAUUCGAUAAUUUUUUGCAUUUAUUGCUAUGCUUGAGAUUUUAAUAAUAAUGGAGAUACGUAUAAUAAACGUACCAUCUCCACAUAGAGCGAUCGAAAAAUGUUCAAAUCAUAUCGUACACGAAAUAUGUAUGUAUUUUUACUGUAUAUAUCAUUUGCGAUGAUUGUUUAAACAAAUGGAUGUCCAGAUAUGCGUGGUACGAUGAAAAUGUGAAAACUUAGAACGAAAUAGUCAAUCCAAUUUUUUGCGAUUUACGCAAAAAUCAAAUACAUUAUUUUUCUCUUGAAAAUAUGGAAUCAUGAGCUUUGUACAUAUUGACAAAUAUUUUUCAGUACAUUAAUUGAUAUGUAUGUCGUGAAUUUUGGAAACUUCAUACCAUAAUUAUAUUAAAAUUGUGCUACAAU